GGAUUAGAUCUCUGCAUGUGUCCUGGAUUUCGUCGCUAUCAAGACUUUAUGACAAUGUUUCACAAAGUUAAACCUGGAGGAUGGAGUGAGACAAAGGAUGCCACUGAGGAAACCCAGAACAUUUGUGAUCAGGUGAAAGUCCAAGUGGAGCAAAAGACUGGCAAGAGCUAUGUGGAAUACAAAGCAGUUGAAUACAGGAAUCAGAUUGUGAAUGGAGAAAACUUCCUCUUCAAGGUUUUUGUUGGAGGGAAGGACUACAUUCAUCUGAGUGUUUUCCAACACCUAAAACUCAGAGACGAGGUGCAACAGCAAGAGGUGCUGGUCGGUGUGGAGCAGGACAAAACCAAAGAGGACCCCCUCGUACCUUUUACCAACUGAUCACACAACCUGUUUCAACA